AUGAGCGCCAGUGCGCCCCCCGCCAUUCGCCGAACUGGCGCGACGUCGUACGCCGGAAACAGCACGGGAUUGCGCGCAAGCUCGCGGCGUACGCAGUAUAGCAUCUACCCCCGUCGCAGCGGCCGCCAGGCACUCAGACGGACGUGUCGCGACCUGCUCGAAACCGCCAUCCACAACGCGGACGACAUCGAUUACGCGACGGCACGCGGUGGAGGGCUAUAUACAUCACGACGUGCACCCGCCCGCGAGCGCGACCGUGGUCCACCAGCACUGCGUCGUCCUUACGGAGCCCUGACAGAGCCGAACUUCUCCACGGCGCUCGACGCAUACCUCGCGACCCGCGGGCCCGCUGCACGGCCGACCGAUCACCUACACGUCGCUGUGCGCGCAGCUGGUGACCUCACAGUCCGCGCUCAUCACCGUCCUCGCCUCGCUCGGCGCGAUCGUGCUCGCCUCAGCAAGACCACCGUGCCGCGGAGCCUGCUGUGGUGCGAAACCUCGUCGCCACUCUUCGGGCUCACGACGGACCCGCGGAACAGAGCGUUCACGCCCGGCGGCUUGAGCGGCGGCAGCGACAUCGGCGGAGCAUCCGGAUCCCGAGCGCGAUCAUGGGGAUCGCCGGGUUUGAGCCGUGCAGUGCGCGCCUGUCGUACGCGGGCACCGCCGUCAGCACGCGGGGGCAGGAGCACGUUCCCGCACCGCCGGGCCCAUGGCGCGGACGAUGAUCCGCUGACUAUGAAGGGCCAUUCGGUGGGACUGCAGGUUAUCGAGCGCAAGUUUAAGGAAGAGAAGACGCUUGCGGGCAUGAAGAUUAUCGAAGGGAUCAUUCGUGAAACCCAGGCCUAG